AUUGGGUCAACCCGAGUUAGAAAUAUAAAAACCAUGGUUCUAGGGUUUUAGGAUGUUGGUUAAGUCUAUCUCAUAUGCAUAGAAGAAUAAGUCUGUGACACUAGAGCUUAGAACACCUAAAAACCUGAAAAAAAUCGCAAUGACAGCUCAGACUCAAGAAGAUCUUCUUGUGGCUCACCUCCAACAGGAAAAGAUCCAUGAUGAUGAGCCUUUAGUCGAAGACGAAGAUGAGGAUGAGGAAGAUGAUGACGAAGUCGAGGAUGAGGACAAUGCUGAAGGUCUAGAGGGUGAUGCAUCUGGUAGAUCCAAACAGACCAGAAGUGAAAAGAAGAGUCGCAAGGCGAUGCUCAAACUUGGAAUGAAACCUGUCACAGGUGUCAGUCGUGUGACUGUCAAGAAGAGCAAGAAUAUCCUUUUUGUUAUCUCAAAACCGGAUGUUUUCAAAAGUCCAACUUCUGACACAUACAUUAUAUUCGGCGAAGCAAAGAUUGAAGACUUAAGUUCACAGCUACAGACUCAGGCAGCAGAACAAUUCAAGGCUCCUAAUGUGAGCAAUGUAGGACUGAAGCCAGAAACCUCUGCUACUGCUCAAGAUGAUGAAGCUGUGGACGAGUCUGGUGUAGAUUCCAAAGAUAUUGAGUUAGUGAUGACUCAAGCCGGUGUGGUAAGAUCAAGAGCUGUUAAGGCCCUCAAAGCUGCCAAUGGCGAUAUUGUUGCUGCCAUUAUGGAGCUAACUAAUUGAUGGUCAGAUUUGGGAGAAUUAUAGAAUUUGCAAUGUGGAGGAUUUUUCUUUUGUCAGUCAAAGUUUUGCUCUGUUUGGAAAGUGGUUUCUAAUAACCUUUGCUUUGUUCUAUUUUUCUUUGUAAUUAUCGGCACAGGAGGAAAAGACUAUAGACUCAUCUCUACUAUUGUAUGUUUCUUGUCAAGAAUGGCAGUCAUGAUCACUAGCUAUCUAUUUUCUAUAUUGGUAUGGCUUCUAAACAAGUGUGUGGUGCUCUUUGUGCACUAUAAGCAGGGGCAAAUAAGAUUCUUAUUUGAGCAAAUACCGACAUUUUCUAAAGAU